GGGUGGGGGUCACACAUUGUACGUCUUUCUGUCUUGUUGUUGUAGUGAGGAUCGGGGUGAGGAUCAGUGAUGAGGACUCUGCUGAUUUUGGGGGGUCUCGUCUGUGUGCUGCUGGUGACCCCAUCUCAUGGUGACCGGACGGAGUCCCGGGAUGGAGGAGAGAAAGGAACCUCCGAUCUGAGAGAGUUCUUUGGUCAAAAUGAAGAUGGAAAAGCUAACGGGAUCGGUUCUUUCUCCGCCAUCGAUCAGCUGCGGUUCAGGAGACAGGAGCCGUCAUCUCCCGGCGCUCCUCAGAGACGGAAGAAGUGUCCCGGAUGUUUCUCAGCGAUCGCUUCCGUCGAUGUGAAACCAAUAUCGGAUCCAAUCAGAUUCGAAGUGUAUAAACGUUCACGCCGCCAGGAGAAAAAGCAGGAGCCGUCAUCUCCCAGCAAUCCUCCGAAGCGGAAGAAGUGUCCCGGAUGUUUCUCAUCAUUAAGUGUUGAUGAUCCAAUCAAACUGUCUAAACGACGUUCACGUCGCCAGGAGAAAAAGCAGGAGCCGUCAUCUCCCGGCGCUCCUCAGAGACGGAAGAAGUGUCCCGGAUGUUUCUCAUCAUUAAUAGUCACAGAUCCAAUCAAACUGUCUAAACGGGCACGUCGCCAGGAGAAAAAGAACAAAAAACGCAAAUCAAAGCCCUCUAUAAACCCGCCAUUGCCCAUGCCCAACAUGUAUACUCUCGCAGCACGUUCUACGAGGACGUCAAGAGACACAAAACCAAAGCGCUCCAAGAAACUGCGAGUCUCAGGCCCGGAUGGAUUAGAAAGGAAAACUAAGUCGGACAGACCAUCUAGACGAAAAUUAAAAGAAUCAGAAGAGCCCCGCAGUAACAUGUUUUCUCUCAUGUCUGUUCCUCCGUCGGACUUCGGCAAACCGGAGAAAACUCCUAAAGAUGAAGGCCGGAGGGAGAGGAAGAAGAAUGGGCGGAAGCACGGCCGUGAGGAACAGGAGGAAAGAAAGUUGAGAAAACAUCCUCAUUCUCAUCAUUCUCAUCAUCGUCAUCAUCCUCAUCAUCAUCAUCCUCAUCCUCAUCCCGAGAAGGAGGGGAAGAAAAGAGGGCGCACCGGGUCCCGUAGUGCUAUCACAUCGACUGAUGGGGAAAGAAAGGAACUGAGUGAUGGAAAGGAGGCGUCAGAGAGGAUGAAGCGGCAAUCCAAGAAAGGCAACAGAAGAAAGGAAAAGAAGGAGGGAUGGACCGUCGGGUCCAGAAGUCCGAUCGCUUCACUCCCAGGCUGAAAGACUGAUCCUGUAUUCUCCCCGAUGAAUUCUCCGAUCUCCCCGAUGAAUUCCCGUCCCGGCAAACCCGUGUGACCCGCGAUGUACCUCCAUAGCAGCGAUCGCGUUUUAUAUCCAGAUUGAUAGACGAGUAUAAAGUCUAUACAUCCCGCCGAUGUUUUUUAUAUAUGAAUAAAAUGUAUUGUUGUUGUAUUC